AUGCAAGAAAUCCCCGUUAUCGAUUUUUCAUCAUUCGAAAACGACCAAUCGACCUGUGCGCAGAAAAUCAAAAGUGCAAGUGAAUCCGUCGGAUUCUUUUAUUUGCGAAAUCAUGGAAUUCCUGAUACGAUGAUUAAUGAAAUGUUUAGUCUUUCACAAAGAUACUUUAAUCACCCAAUCAACGAGAAAAUCUUGCACGAAAUAAAUGAAGAAAAUCAAGGGUAUUCGCGGAUGCAUCAGGAAAUUCUUGAUCCUAAAAAUCAGAAGAUCGGUGAUUUUAAAGAAGCCUUCAAUUUUGGUAAAAUAAUAAACGGCAAACCGUCACAAAUACUACCACCAAUAUUCCAAGAAAAUAUGGAAUUACUGUCGUCGUUCGAACAGGCAAGUAAUAAGUUCAUUCAAUCACUUGCAUCUUCUAUCCAACUACCAUUAUCUGAAUGUCACAAUCUAUGCCUAAAAGUAUUACAGACAUUUGCAAUCGCAUUGGAAAUUCCUGAAUCAGAAGGAGGCAAGAAUUGGUUCGAAUCACGACAUUCAUAUGACCGGAAAUCGGGCGAUACACUUCGAAUACUUCAUUAUCCGCCCAUGAAAACUUUUGAUUCAGAAGAAAUGAUACCACCAAUUAUCCCCGGAUGCAUUCUAAUAAAUCUUGGAGACCUCUUGGAAUUUUGGACCAAGGGAUUACUCAAAUCCACUAAACAUCGUGUCGUGUUUCGUUCGGAUACUUGCAAAUCUGAUCGUUAUUCAAUCGCAUAUUUUUGUCAUGCAGUUGAUGACGUACCAUUGAUUCCAAUUCCUAGUAAUUCACUGGCAAUAAAUGCUGGUAGCCGUAGGAUUGGUGCAAAUGAUAGUGGUAAUGAUGGUAAUGUAAUCACGGCUGUACGAUGA